UGAAGUGCGCGUGUACAGAACGCAAAGAGAAGCGCAAAGAUAUAAAAGUAAACACACACACACACAGUUACACACAUACACGCAAACUGAACGAGCGCAUAGAUACAGCUACGUUUGUGAUACAAAUAACAAUAACAAAAAGCAACAACAACAACAACAACUUGGCAAAUUGCAGCUGCAAACUGGAAUUUAGCCAACAAAUUUUGUAGUGUGUGCUAAGUGAAAAACUAAAAGAAACUCGAAACACGAAACUUUCGAAAUUUGAGUGCAAAAAAACAAAAAACAAAACAAAAUAAAACAGCAAAAGUAGUACGAGCUACAUAUAGAUUUGCAACAGCUGUUUGAUUAUUGUGAAAUAAACUACGACAAGCGCAUAAAUAAAUAAAUAAACUAAAAAACAAAACGUGUGGAAAAUUAUUAGCAAAAUUUAUAAACGUCCAUUUGAAAGAGAGAGAGAGCGGAUACAGCAAAGCGAAAGCGAAACGCAAUAAAGUGCAAUUUCUAUUUUUGCGUGCCAGACAUACCCAGACAUAUAUAUAUUUAUAUAUUUAAAAAUUCAACAACAUUGCAAAUUACAUUUUGGAAUUUGCGGGCAGGAAAUGCCAUAAAGUACAAAUUGCAACAACAACAGCAACGAAGCAAAGCGAAGCGCAAAAGCAAAUUAAAUUUCAACUCAACUUUUGCUUGGAUUUAAAUUUCAAUUAAGCGCUGCCAUGCAAGUCGAAUCGAGCUAUACAAAGUACGCCGGACGCGUGCCGCCGCUGGAUUUGUCGCAGGUGAACGCUGGCCAGGAGCAGCAGCUUUGGGUGGGUAGCGUUAUGAAGCGUCAUCAUCCCUAUCAGCUGGUGGACAAGUGUCGCGGCGGUCUUACCUUAAUCAGCGAUGACAACAACAACAACAGCCUGACUAGCAGCACUGGUAACAACAACAACAACCUGCAUCCCAUGGGCUCCGAUGGUCUGCCGCUUGAUCCACGCGACUGGACGCGCGCCGAUGUUUGGAAGUGGCUCAUCAAUAUGGCCGUGCGCGAGGGUCUGGAGGUUACACCCGAGCUGCCACAAAAGUUUCCCAUGAACGGCAAGGCGCUGUGCCUCAUGAGCCUGGACAUGUAUCUCUGCCGCGUGCCCGUUGGUGGCAAAAUGCUCUAUCGCGAUUUUCGAGUGCGUCUGGCACGCGCCAUGACGUUGCCCUCCUAGUUAGCCUAGCAUCCCCAUACGGUUGUAUGUAUUGAGGUUGUAAAUACGCUAUAUCUAUCUAUAUCUUAGCACCUAACUAGUCGUUAGUUACAUAAACUUAAGUCGUAGCGCCUAAAUGCAUUUGUUUAUUUUGCUUUUAAGUGGUCUGUAAGGCGCCGCGCCACAAGUGGGCGUGGUCUUUGCAGCAAAUGCUGUCCUACUAGUUUCAUAAGUUCACAUUUAAUGAAAAUAUAAAAUGAAAUUUUAUC